UUAAAGAGAGUAAUAUACUAAUCAAUCCGCUUUCCCUCCCUACAAAUGCUUGCGAUUCGACUACGUCAAUGUGAUGUAUUCAUGGAUUUGUAGAUUAACGAGCUUAAAACUGACCAGGCAAGACGAGCAAAUUAUAAGCGCAUAUACUUUUCAAUUUUCAUAUAGAUAGCUAGCUAAUUUAGAACUGUAUCUAUCCGUCUGUGGAACCACCAGCUUUAAGGUCGAGACUCUACAGUUCACAUAUACCUAGUCAACAACAGUCAACAUAAAUAGCACUUUUGAAGACCCACUUUUGAAUUCAUUUAUAACUUCUACGUGUCUAGGAUCAUUCGAUAUCUUCUUUUCUUUUGUGUUCUGCUUUUGGAAAAUUUAAAUAUUGGUCUCACCUUUGUUCAUGUGGAGAAAUGAAUAACCCAUGCUUUCAUCUCUAUUUUCUCUGUUUUCUCUUCUUAUCAUUCAAAUCCCAUGUUAAAGUUUUUGCAUCUGAUACAAUCUCUUUAGGCGAAUCUUUAACUGGAAGUCAAACAAUCAUAUCAAAAGGCGGAAACUUUGAAUUGGGGUUUUUCUCACCAGGUAAGUCUCAGAACUACUAUAUAGGUAUCUGGUACAAGAAAGUCUCAGUUCAAACUGUUGUUUGGGUUGCUAAUAGAGAUACACCUGUUCUUGAUCCCUCUUCUUCAGAGCUAACCCUUUUAGACGGGAACUUAGUUUUGCUUAGUCAAACUAAUAAAACUCCAGUGUGGUCUACUAAUUUAGCUUUGAAUACUCUGAAUACAACUGUAGUAGUUCUUGGUGAUAAUGGAAAUCUUGUUUUAAGAGAUGGGUCUAAUCCGAAUGUUGUGAUCUGGCAGAGUAUUGAUAAUCCAACUAAUACUUGGUUACCUGGUGGAAAGCUUGGAUUGAAUAAGAAAACUAAUCAAUCUCAGUUACUAACUUCAUGGAGAAAUGAAGAGAAUCCAGCUCCAGGAAUCUUCUCUCUAGAAUUAGACCCAACUGGAUUAACCAGUCAGUAUCUUAUAAAAUGGAAUAUGUCUAAACAAGUUUGGACCAGUGGGGAGUGGAAUGAACAGUUAAGGACUUUUAGUUUAGUUCCUGAGAUGAGAUUAAACUAUAUUUACAAUUUUAGUUAUAUUUCAAAUGAAAAUGAGAGUUAUUUUACUUAUUCACUUUACAACAAUUCUAUAAUUUCUAGAUUUGUUAUGGAUUACUCAGGACAAAUUAAGCAAUUUACUUGGUCUGAGAAAAAUAAAGAGUGGAACUUGUUUUGGUCCCAACCCAAACAAUUUUGUGAAGUUUAUGGUAUUUGUGGACCUUUUGGAAAUUGUAACCAGGAUACUUUGAAGUGUGAGUGUUUGCCGGGUUUCAUUGAACGAUCUCCUGCAGACUGGAAUCUCCAGGAUUCAACUGGUGGGUGUGUUAGGAACACAUCUCUGCCGUGUGGGAGUAAAGAUGGCUUUUUGAAGAUUUCAACCUCGAAAUUGCCUGAUAAUCCCCAGUCUCCACCUGCUAAUAGCGCUGAAGAAUGCAAAUUAGCAUGCGAGAGUACAUGUUCCUGCAGUGCCUAUGCUUAUGACAGCUCUGGGUGUCAGUUAUGGGAUGAACAUUUGUUGAAUGUACAACAAUCAGAUGCAGAUGGAGGAAACCUCUAUCUCAGACUUGCAGCUUCCGAAAUUCCCAGUCAAGUAGCUGAAGGUAAGAAAAAUAAGAAACCAUUUAAUGCUGCUCUUGUGGGUGCAGUUGUGAGUGUCAUAGCAAUUUUGGUACUUGCUCUUGUACUGGUGAUGAUAUGUAGAUCAAGAAGAUCAGUUGGAAAAUCGAAGACAGUCGAUGGUACGUUGGUGGCAUAUACAUACUCAGAAUUACGAAGUGCAACGAAGAACUUCUCACAGAAGUUGGGUGGCGGCGGCUUCGGCUCUGUCUUCAAGGGGGCAUUAUCUGACUCUACUGCCAUAGCCGUGAAGAAGCUUGAAGGUCUCAGUCAAGGAGAGAAGCAAUUUAGGUCAGAGGUGAGCACUAUCGGUACAAUUCAGCAUGUUAAUCUCGUUCGCUUACGUGGAUUUUGUUCAGAAGGAGAUAAAAGGUUACUGGUCUAUGAUUUGAUGCUAAAGGGAUCUUUGGAUGCUAAUCUUUUUCAUCAAAAGGAUACCGAAGUUUUAGAUUGGAAGACCAGAUACCAGAUAGCACUGGGAACUGCAAGAGGAUUGGCAUAUCUCCAUGAUAAAUGCAGAGAUUGCAUCAUUCAUUGUGAUAUCAAGCCUGAAAAUAUUUUGUUGGAUGGAGAAUGCUGUCCUAAAGUAGCAGAUUUUGGUCUAGCCAAGCUUGUUGGCCGAGAGUUCAGUCGAGUCUUAACUACCAUGAGAGGAACAAGAGGGUACCUUGCACCGGAGUGGAUUUCAGGUGUAGCCAUCACUCCAAAAGCUGACGUCUACAGUUACGGCAUGAUGCUGUUUGAAAUUAUCUCUGGGAAGAGAAACGCAGAGCAUUAUAAUAAUGAUGAGAAAAUUAGAUUUUUCCCUACUUGGGCAGCUACCAAAAUGCGUGAAGGCGAAGAUAUCAUUAGCCUAGUUGAUAACAGGUUGGAAGGUAAUGCUGAUAUUGAAGAGGUCGCCAGAGCUUGUAAAGUUGCUUGUUGGUGCAUUCAAGAUGACGAAGCUCAUAGGCCCUCCAUGGGUCAGGUAGUUCAGAUACUUGAAGGGGUUUUAGAGGUGAACCCACCUCCAAUUCCAAGGUCUCUCCACGUUCUUGUGGAAAACCAAGAUAAUAUGUUUUUCUUCUCAGAGACUUCGAGCCGUAGUUCAAAUGGACGAAGCAACACAACAUCGUGCACCACUUCUCAGGCCAAGAGCAGCACCUCCUCAUCCAUGAGUUCAAAGUCUUAAUAUCGAGGACUGAGGAGUCCGAUUAAAGGAAAGUGCGGAGAUUCUAGAAAUUGUCAUUGGCGACUCAUUUUUCAUAUGUUUCCUAGUUGUGUAAUGUUAAUUUCUUAAUGUUCGUGUCUGUAUAUACCAAUCUGUCCUGUCGAGGUAGAUUACUGUUGCCUAUUGGACUAUACGUACCCGGCUAGAAUUAGUACAUCCUAGAUUGAGUCUGGGUGGUGCAAAUCUGUUUCAA